CGGGUCGCGGUUACCCGCUCGCAGAAACUGAUCGAUCGACUAAGCGCGUAGCGGCGGACGGCCAUUGUGUAAAAAGGACCCAUGACGCUCGGAUAGUGCACGCUGAGGACCCGGCGCGUAGUUUUACCAAGCUCGUCCUCCUGUGAUAUUUAGACUGUGCCAAUAUAGAAACGAGGGAACGAAGACAACUACCAUGGAGGACGACCAGCAGUUCUGCCUCAGGUGGAACAACCACCAGAGCACGCUCGUACAAAAUUUCGACACACUCCUUGAAAGCGGGACGCUGGUUGAUUGUACCUUGGCAGCGGAAGGAAGGUAUCUUAAGGCCCACAAGGUAGUUUUAUCGGCGUGCAGUCCAUACUUCGAGGGCCUUCUCAGCGAGCACUAUGAUAAACAUCCAAUCUUCAUAUUAAAAGAUGUCACAUUUAACGAACUUAAGGCCAUGAUGGAUUAUAUGUAUAGGGGGGAAGUAAAUAUUGGUCAAGACCAAUUGACACCUCUCCUCAAAGCCGCUGAGUCCUUGCAAAUUAGGGGCCUUUCCGAUAACAGAACGGGUGAAGGCAGGAAGGCAGAAUCCAGGCCACAGAAAACCGUCUCACAGCCGACAGCACCGUCGUUAGACAUUCCACACACGUCUUCCGGUCUGACGAUAGAGAAGAACAGAGUUCCUAGGCAGAGUAUGGCACAAGGUUCCGUGGGAGAUUUACCGGAGGACACGGCCAGUCCGCAAGUUUCUAAAGGCAUCUCCUCGAGGGAAGGCUCACAAAGUCCUAUUCCAAGAAGAAGAAAAAAACUUAGAAGAAGAAGCGCAGGCGAAGACACAACAACUGAGAGCCAAGAUGCUUCGAAUUCGAGCGACAUGCCCCAACAAAUGGGUGGGCCGUCGCUGGGAAUUGCGCCUGUGGCAGAAGAGAGAGUACACGCAGACCCGACCGACUCUCUCGGCAGGUCAGCUUUGAUGACGCAGCUGACGAAGCCCGCCGACGAGAUGUUGCAGCUGCCACUUGAAAAACCCGAGCCAAGCGAUAAUCUCGUCGAGCCAAAGUCUGAAUACCUCGAGGAGCCUGAGGAGGGCGUCGAAGACUUGACGCUAGAUGAUGAUAUGAACGAUCUUAACGAGAUGGAGCAGGACAACAACAGAGCUGGACCUUCCCACGACUCCUCCCAACAUCCCGCAGGCCUUGGGGCGUGGCAUGUUACCGGAGACCGAAGUAACGCGGGAGGUGUCGUGGGGUCUGUCGGAGGCGCACCAGGAACGGCGGACGAAGUGUUCCUCGCAGCCCAGGAGGCUGUACAGGCCCAUCGCGACUCUCAAGAUAACUUCAAAUUCUGGGUGUUUCUAAAGCCGCCACCAACAUCACCGUCGUCGUCGCCGCCGCCGCCGCCAUCACCGGCAUCAUCGCCACCGCCGCCACCGCCGCCACCCACACCUCCACCUCCACCCCCACUCCCACCACUGCCAUCACCACCACCGCCACCUCCAGCGCACUUCAAGAUACCGCUAUGGCCGGCGGUGUCCGAAUCGGUGUCUGUGACGCAAUCCUUGAUGCCCUGGAAGCGACACCCCAACAAGCCCUACAUGUGCUCCAAGUGCGGUAGCGGUCUAUCCCACCUCUCCACCCUGAAUCGUCAUCGCAAGACCGUCUGUGGCAAGGUGCGCAACACCAGCGGCAAGUGGAAGUGCGAACGCUGCUCCAGAUCGUACAAGACGCAGGGCAACUUGGCGCGCCACACCAGAUACGAGUGCGGCGUGUCGCCGCAGUUCUACUGCGUUUUUUGCAACGACGUCUUCACCCAACGUUGCAGCUUGACCAGGCACCUGAAGAACUCCCACAAAUUCAACUACGGCGGUCUGAUGGUGAAGAGCCACCAUGAAAUGAAGAGCCAUCAGGAGGUGACGAUCCCCCAGAAGGAGUUUGACCCACCAAGAAGCGUCGACUCUGCCUACAGCUCUGCUGCGUCGGAUUCGAUGGUCCCCUCGCCCAUCUAAGAUCAGUCACGAGUAUGCGGUGAAAGUUUUGCUGCGACGGCGAAGAUGUUUCUUUUUCUCGCAGUGUGAUAAGUAGCACGCACGCAAGAAGAUGAUCUUUGCCGACUUUUGGAAUCUGGCCGUGAGCUCUACGAGCAAAUGCGACUAUCGGAGAACGCGGUAUAUUCUUUUCCGCCCGGCUUUGUGGAAAUAUGAGACGCUGACAUAUACGAAGUGCUAAGAAGCACCAGGGUUGGAUUUAUAUAGAAAUUCAUGAUGCUGAAGCAUCGGGCCGCCGAUGAAAAGGAAGACCCUCAAAAUUUGAUAUAAAAUUUCUGACUAUCUGUUAUAACCCCGGGAAUAAAUAAUAAUAAACGUUGUCUCUAUAUAGCAAAUAUAUAAUCAUAUGUGAUUAUAUAUGUCUAGAGGAAAAUAUUGUACAUAUACAAUUGGAAUAAAUGCUUAUGUUUCUAGUGGCCCGUGAUGUCGACGUUUAAUGGAAUAAAACUAUUUCCUCUUUUCAUUCAACAACAUUUUUCUCGGUGUGUGGACAUAUGUAAUUGUCACUUAUUUAUCAGUAACGUUGUUUGACAAGGAAGUUGACUUCGCAGUCGCACCUUUGUGCGCUCAGCAAUUUUACUUCAAGUCACAAGCUAAUUGUAGCUCACCUCUUUUAAUCGUUUGACUUGAGUCGUCUCAUUCCCCAACAAGACUUGUGCUUGUUCCCUGAGAUAGAGACCUUCACCGCGUUCUCUGACCGGUCGAGUAUGCUCGCAGAUCUCAGCUAAGUUCUAAGCUGAUUGAAAAGAAGAGACAAACGUAAAACGACGGCUGUCAUGAUAAUCAACAUCCAACAAUAGAAUGAGCUUCAUUAGUUCCUGCCAUCAAGGAUCCUCUUUGAGAAGAGAGAGUUUCUCGCAAAAGAUGUUUGGUACAGGCGUGAAGAAUCGUGAGAAGUUUCGAACACACGCGAGAUUCUCUCUCUUCCUCUCCCGAGAGGAAUCGUAAAAUCUUACAAAGGCGUGAAUCAAUCAUCGUUCGGAAAAUCGAUUAGGCGCUCAGUGAGAGAAAGAGAGAUCGGGAGAAGACAGUUCUAUUUCAGAAUAAGGUUCUACUUCAGAAUAAAGCAAUAGUUCCUUUGGAUAAAAGAAAGAAUUUUAUUGACAAGAUAAGCCUUAAGACCGAUUAGGAAUUGAAUGCUGUUUUUUUCGGAAAACAGUGAGUUCUCUGGACAGUUCUAGAGUACGAAGAGGUUCCUCAUGAAGAAAGUUCUGUUACAAAAGCGUCCUGUGUUCUAUCGAUAGGAUGAAUUUGUCUGGAGGCAUCGCAUCUGGACGGAAUUCGAGUGUGUUAGCUAUUAAGGAGAGCCGAAAUCGAAUUCGCUCUCGAGCUCUCAAGGAUACUGUUCUUAGCAGGCAUAAAAGUUCAGAAAUAGAUUCAAAAGGAAAAGAAACCAUGACUCGUUUGUGGUUCUAGCCUUAGGAGAACGAUGAUUAUGUGUUUUUCUCUUUUGUUAUUACAGAGAAUAAACGGUGAACAUGCAAGAUCCUAAGAAGGAAACAUUGAUUUGUCAAGAAAAUUUUUACGUCAAUUGACGUUAAUUAACAUUGUUAAUUAAAAAAUUUUUUAAUUAUUACAUCCGUAACGUGAUGAUGCAUGUUCACCGGACGAAUACUCAAUGAAUCCUUAAGAUGAAGGCACGGAUCGAAGUAUUCAUAGAAGUAUUUCUCCUUCGAAACUCGAUUUCCAGUAAUAAUUUGACCAGUAAUAACUGGAAAUGCAACUUAACGGAUUUUAAUUUGAACAUGGAAAACUUUCAUUUCCCGUUGAGCCAGUCGGAAAAUAAUUGGAAUCACAUAUUCACACGAGACUCAAAAUAGAUCGCGUCUUUGGAAUUUAUACGUAGCGUGAUUAUUCGCGAACUGAACUAAAUCUGGGUACAAUCUGUUUUGCAAAUCACUCUCUUAAAGUGAAUCAGUGAAAAUGUUUUUCAUUCAAUUGGAAAAGGAGUGUUUCACCAAUAACCAUAAAAAACCUUUUUUGUCAAGUAACUCUAAUUAAACUAGUUGUUUUUUACAGAUUUUUGCUCACAAAAAACAACGUUGUUGGCCAAAUUGCUCCAUCAUGACAGGUUAAAAAAUUAAUUUGCGUUUUAUGUUGAAAAAUCAACAAUUUAAAGGAAAAAACGCUUAAUUAUUGUUUAAUGAAUUUCUGUGAUUAUAGGAUAUUGUUUGUAGUAAUUUAUGCUAAAAUAAGUAAUAUGAAACAACUAAUUUCGUUUAAACAAUAAGAAAAUAAUAAUUUCUUUUUCUGUGUCAUUAUAUCUUCUCAAACACUCAGUAACGGUAACAUUACAUUACAUUAACGUUACAAUCUCCCGCUCAACAAUAACUUAUGUACAGUACAUGUCAUGUUGCAUUUACAGUCAGUGGCAUAAGAGCGUGUACAUUAUUUUUCCUGGAAUGCAUAGUCUUUUUCAAACUUAUGAACACAGUUUUAAUGAGAUGCUGACAUGUACGAAGUGCUAAAACAGCACUAGGAGUGAAUUUUGGUUGGUUUUAUUGUGCUUAAUUUUGAAAAAGACUUUGUAUAUAUAUAUAUUCUAGGAAAAACAGCGUACACGUUUCUAUGUCAGAAUAUUAUUAUUUGUAUGGGAUAGAAGUUGAUACACAUUCGAAAAUAUUUUACCCUCCCGUAUUACACACAGGAUGUUUUGCCUCUCACGAAAAUCUCUCAAAUUAUUCUAAAUUAUAUUAUUAAUUUAUCUUUAAAUUAUUCUAAAUUAUAUUAUUAACCCUUUAAGUAUCAAUGGUACCAAUAAGGACCAGGCAGGUCCAAUUAGGCAGGACCAAUUAGGAUCGGGCAGUUAAAAUCUUAUAAAUGUGCUAUUUAGAGUGUUUUUGACAAUAUUUCAUUAAAAAAAAGUUACUAGAAUGUUCCAUGAAUUAUGCACCUGAAAGGGUUAAUUUAUCUCUAAAUUAUUCUUCUUGUUUGAAAACGAGAUUUAUUUUUGUGUCACUGGCCGUACAUUGGUGAGCGGGAAAUUAUCACAUUGAUGUUUAUCUGGCAGUUGUAAGUAUAGCAUUUCAAUGAAAAGUUCGUUGAUUUUGUGUAUACUAAUAUGAAAUGGUAUGAUUAGAGAGAGUAUAUGUUAGAGACUUAAAAAGGCUGGGACUGCUCGCGAUCUCCUCUAAGCGUCACAACUUUCAUAAAGAGAAGAAUGGUGAGGAGGAAAGACGGGAGACGAGGAGAAAGAUAUUGACGGUAACCGGGAAAGAGAAUGUCUAAAUACGUGCCCUCUUCUUAAAAGAAAAAGAAAAGUGUCUUAUAGUUGUUUGUAACGCACAUCGACAAUGUACCGCAGCAUAGUGACGAGUACGCUUUGUUAUCGAUUUUUUAGAGUGUUGUUAAAGCGAGGACCAUAUCCGCCGGUGUGUCCGACGGAUAUCGUAGGUGUCGUGUUUGAUGUUACGUUUUUGACCGCUUUUCCCGUUGUUUUACGCGUUUCACGCGGUGUGUGCACGCUUCGAGUGCCUGUCGAAGUGUGAGAAGUGCAUCCCGCGCGACUCUGAGUUCGUAGCGGCGAAGGGAAAGGGGCAGAAAGUCCCUCCACCUUCGGCGCGCCGACCACUAUACCGCUAUAUAGGAAACAGCACAAAACUAGUAUAUAUGUGUUUUUUUUUUCUUCUUACGUCCCUUCUCGGGUGUGCCGGUAGGUGCUGGUCCAUGGGCCGAGCGCCCGAGACACUCGAGAGACAUCUUACACUACUAUUUACUUCACUGAUGGAAGGGGUUAGGCUAAGAUAAUACACAAUGGUGCACUUAAGAACUUUUACAGUGACAUAUUAGCGUUGCGAUUCGCGAGUGAGACGGAAGGGAUAUUUAAAUGUUCACACACGAUGUCUGUGUCGCGACUGAAACCGCGGAAGUUUAAAACCGCGUGUUUACUUAUUCGAGACUGCUGAAUCUACCUAAGACUUCUCGCUGCGACGAAUCGGGAACAAUUGGCCAAUAUUCGUUGUGCGUCUCGGCUGUGAAAAUUAUUAUUCGGGAAUAUUAAUCAUCCUUAAUAUUCAUUUAGCAUUAAAUCGAGGAGCCUUGCGCGGGCGCAGAAUUAUUCUCAUCGGUGCGCCGUCCUGUUGGAGUAUUAUAAUUAGAUAGACUGCGGAUGUUUAUGCAAAUACAUAUAUAGAUUCGAGUAGGAAACAUAUAGAUUCGUAUAGAAAAGGAAACCUUGUAACCUUAUCUUGUGUGAAGUCAUUUUGAGGAAUGCGAUUUCUUUGCUUGUUUUGCGUUAGAUACACAUUCUCUACAUAAAGUAUGCAUGAAUACGUUGCGUAUUUCGGUAAUUAGUAUAUUCAAUUUGCGACUUUAGUUUCAUUUAUUGAUUAUAAUGUUUUAGCAUUUUAACGUACAGUAUGUGCCAAAAAUUGUAACUGCGAAUCCUAUAGCGUAUCCUAUAAAUCUCGAUAAGAUAAUAUUAGAAAAUUUUCAACGGAUGUGAGUGAGAAUAAUCUAUCCAAAUAUCCGUAGAUGAAACAAUUGACGCUUUAGUAUCGGCCUUUAGUAAAUUAAAUCAUUAGGGAAAUAUGCGAAUAUGAUAAAACAUCUCUUGUAUUUAUUCGCGCAUAAGCAAUUAGGGAUAACAAAUCGUGUCAUCAUUCUUCGAUCACCAAUUUGGCUAUGUGAGAGAUACGACCGAUCGAUGAUAUCGGCAGGAUACUAUUAUUAUUAGGAUACUAUUAUUUGUACGCGAUAGAAGUUGACACACGUUCGAAAAUAUUUUACCCUCCCGUGCUACACACAGGAUGUUUCGCCUCUCACGAAAAUCUCUCAAAACUAAGUUAUUCUUCUUGUUUGAAAACGAGGUUUCUUUGAAUACCGAUCGAAAUUACAUCACUGCUAUUGCACACGUGCGUAAUUUGUAUGUCGUAAAUUUGUAUAUAUGUAAAUAGGAUAAUAUAUGUGUGCAUAUAAGCAUUUUUAUUAAUAUGUUGUAUCUGAGUGCGCGAAUUUUAGCCGGUACAAUUGGCCUACUAUCUGAAAAGCAUUGUAUUCGACAUUUUCGUGUUAGAAUUUUUGUUUCCAGAUUAUCCAAGCAGUUUGACCUGAGAUUUUCCAUGAGAAGUGGAUUAACCUAUACAGAAUGAAUCACGUAAUCUGUUGCAGGUAAAUAUCUCAGCGACUAUAUGGUGAAAAUAUCGCGAAACAUCUUGACGAUAUCUUGAUAGUAUGAAAGACCAAUAAGUACAAUAAGCAUGAUUAAAAUAAAAAGAAAUAUACGAAAUUGCAAAAUGGUUUAUAAAUACAAGGAAAUUUGUUCGAACACUUUGUUAAUAGAACUGUUUGUAUAAAGAUUUUUUAGAUAAAAAUUACGUCAAAAUUACAUUUUGAAAUUACAUUUAUGAACCUUUGUUGUACGAUUAUUUAAAAAAAAUAAACUAUUUAAAAAAUUAAACAAUGGUUUUGAGAUCUAAGAAACUGACACCAUUUAAAAAAUUGUAUGAUAAACGGUGUAUAUUUUCACUCACUAUUAAAGCGUCAUUGAAUGUUUUGCGAUAACUUCACUGAUUUUUUAGAUAUUUACUUGCAGCAUAUUACGUGAUUCAUCCUGCACACCCGUGAGUUGAGCUACCCAUUGGACGCGUCUUCAGGUGGCGAAUAAGCAAGAAGGCCAGGUGAACACCAGCAUUCAGUUUCCCUGUCGGGCCUGAAAACUCGACUACGGGGUUGUCAAGCUGUCUCCGGGGGUGGCUGAAUGAGUGGCCGCCUGGUUGGUGGCGGUGAUAGUCUUUCCCAUCGGACGAAGUCUGACAGGGUGAAGUUAAGCCGCUGCCGUAGACCCGUCUCUCUGGACACCACACCGGUCUAUUUUUCGCAUGCGCACAAAAGCCACAGCGAAGACGAAUAACAGCGGAGAUCGUCACAGGAUAUUCUUUCAUUCGAAGAGAAACGACCACCUUACCGCGCUCGAUGCGUAACUGCGAAAAACCGGACCCAUCUGGGAACGCCAAUCAUCUCCCUAAGCUAAGUUGGGGGCCAUCAUAACUGGGGCUGCGUAGCGGCGUAGCGGCGUAACUGGGGGAGCAGUCGUGAACAAUACCCCCGCGGAAUCGAAUGAAAUCCCGGAGUAUUCAGUCUUACCCAUGCACACGGGGCCCUACGUGGACGGACGUGCCAUUUCCUUCGUUGCUCGUGGGAUUUUAAUGGACGAACUAUCUAAUAAAAUUACCAAGCUGGAACGAGAAAUCAUUGGAAAGACACAAAAGAGAGAAAGAGAAAAGGGGACUUGCACACGGAGAUAAAAGAUUGUGUUGAAUUAACGUGACGAUAAACGAACCAAGCGUCUUUUGAUUGAAGGAAACUGAGUUUCUGGUUCUUAGGGCCGAAUUUUAUUCACAAAAAUCAGAAAUUUUAUUUUAUUUAGCCAAAAUGCGUUUGAUUUGUUCAUUCUCACGUUAAUUCGACCAAACUUUUGCACUCCGUGCAAGAGAGCUUCUUUGAGAAGAUGGUUCUUACCGCAAACGAUGAGGCUUCAGUGAGUUUGUUAAAAGGGACAACUGUUGAGAAAAGACGUUCUAGAACGAAGAAGCACACUGGGGAUAUUAAGACAUCGUUUUUCUCAGAAACAACAGGGACAUAGUAACCACGAAGAAAAACUUUUAUGGACUCUGACGAAACUGACGAAUUAACGAGAGCGAUAGUCACAGAUGGCUAUUUCGACAUGAAGUUAAAUAUUGAACACCUGAAGCUGCUAUGGGAGAUGAACCUGAAAAAAGAUCGGUGACUGAAAAAAAUACUUGAAAAUUUAUUUGUGGGAGAAAUAUAAAAUUUAUUUCUUUAAAAUAAAUUUUUAUCUCCCAAAUAAAUUUUCAAGUAUUUUUUCUCAAUGUAGAACGUAUAUAGAACGAGAUGUACGCAGAUUCUAACGCACAUUCCUGAAAAUAACUACAGUGGUGAAAUAUUUCGGCGAAACGUCCCUGAACUGGUUUUGAGAGCAGAUCGAUACGAGAAUAAGUCUCUUGGCAAACAUCAAUAUUGAGAUGGUGAAUCUGAAAGCUUUAUACAAGCUGUUCAAAACUGAAGACUCGGCUACGGUGUUGCAACGGCUCAGUAAGCAAAAACUCCCUCUGAAUACGUCGCGCUGGAAAGUUACGCCGAGAACGUUCACGAAGAAAAGAAUUUAGUUGACUUGACGUGAUGAUGAACGAAGCAAAGACACCUUUUGGCUGAAGGGAACUGAAUUUUUGGUUCUUAAAAUCGAAUUUAUAAUUCACAAAAACCAGAAAUUCUGUUUCCUGCAACCAAAAGACGUUUAGCUUGUUCAUCAUCACGUUAAUUUAACCAAACCUUUUUCUCCGUAUAAGAAUACCCGAGGAGGAGUAAAAUAUAAUUCUCGAAAUAUUGAGAUUGGUUAUUCGAAAGCUUAUCAUACUUAAUUUCGAACUCUACGUGGAUUUUAGACGUGUCAAAUUGGGAUUACUUGGUGAGUGCUCAGAAGAAGGAGUGCUCUCGUUUGUUUUCACGAACUUCAUCUAAAUUCAUACAGAAAAAAAGGUUUGUUUCCCUAUACACAAUUAAUAUGAUAGAAGUAAUCAAUAUAAAUAGAUGUAAAAAACGUCGGCUUUUAUUGGCUUAUUUCUGUCAUAUCGACUGUAUAUCUGAGAUCCCCUUUCCCUUACAAAUCUUUUGUUAUAUUUUUUAGUAUACGCUAAUAGAAGUAAUCAUUUUAAUUAUAUUGGACUAUUAUCUUUCAUUUUGUGUUUACUAUAUUUUGUGUUUAUUAUAUUUUGUGUUUAUUAUACAAUUUUAAUCUUACGUUAACAGCGUCGCUAAAAAUCGGUAAAAAUAAAUUUGAAAAUUAUAUUAAUAUGCGUGCAAGUCAAUGACGUUUCCAAUAACGUUUCUUUCAGCCAUUCAAGGAAUUUAUUCACGCUUGCUUUCAAUUAUUGUCGAGCGGUUAGAAGACAUAAAUACGAUAGAAGGAAAUUUUGGACGGAGCACUAAAAAAACGAGAUAGUCGGUGUAUCUAUGAUUUUUUAUGUAAUACGUCAACUUUUACUGACUAAUUUUUAUCAUAUGACUUCAUACAAAUUCACUUGAUCCGUAGUAAAAAAUUUUUUCUUGAAUUUUCAUCGUUAAUUUUUUCAAAUAACUGCACUAAUUAUCAUCAUUAUUAUUAUAUAUUAUAAUUGUUAUUAUCACAUUAUUAUAUAUUACAUUUUAUUAUAUAUAUAUAUAUAAUAUAAUAUAUAGGAAUUUCAACAAAUUGAAGUCACACGAAAUUAUUAGCGUUUCGCGAAAUAUUCGCGUAACAUAUAUGCAUACAUUCCCAUACAUUUUUCGGAUAUUUUUCUACAUAUGCUAGUUAAUUUAGUUGCAUAAACAUCCGCAAUGUAAUAAUCGCGAUGAAAAAAAAAGGGAAACUGAGAAAGAGAACACAAAAUGACAAUCGUCGCACUUGCAUGUGGAUCUGAACUCGCGGGACGUUUGUUUGUGUCGAUCGAUACGUUAUAUAUGUUACAAAUAUAUGUAUAUCUUGCGAUACAAAGGGAAUACAACUUACAAAAAAAAACAUUUUGUUGUUCUGUAAAAUGUUACUUACACAUAAUAAAGUAAUAUGGUUUACGCAAUA